AUGCAACCAGAUAUAACACGCCUCAGCUUAGGCACCAGUGAAGUCCAGCCUGCUACCAUGUCCUCGAUAUACAACGGGGGUGCUGCAAGAUCUUCGCAAUAUACGCCGCGACAAAUGGUUGUGACGGAUAUCACCAAGGAGUUUUCGGAUGCUUCUGCAGAAUUGGGGCAGGGACAAUUGGUCAAGGAUGACUUCUUUACGCUUUUCGAGGCUGUCGGGGCGCUCGAGAACAUGCUACCUGAAGAGAUCAUCGGCAUCAUGGAUCAGUUGCUCUCCUUCGAAGUAUGUUCAGUCGAUGAAUGUGAACUGAUCAUAAAUGCUGACAUGAUAUCUAGANUGGCCUGGCACCAAGGAUACGCACUCUCCCAGACAUUAUUCACUAGUCUGCACAUGUACUCUCUACUAACACCCUACUACCGACCUCUCAACGCUAUCGUAUUCAACCCCAAGAGAACUAGCCCUGAGCAACCAGAUCCACUAAUCAGCAGUGUCCUUCGAGCAUUCUCUCUCGGCAUCAUCAAAUCUUGCGAUGCAGUGAUUCAGGAAAUCACCUCUGAGCAUUACUACGAGGAAGAGGAUUUUGUCACUCAGACUUUUACGCAGUACAUGCUUAACGAUGUCACCCACGAAGAUGUGAUUGUGGAACUCCACAACGCGUUAGAUGUUCUGAAAGCACAGGAUCUAUCUGGAGAUGUCAAAGAGGCACUUGAGCAGCGUUUGCAACUGCGGAUACACCUGCUCGAGGCUUUGGAGCCAUUGAGUCUCGUUGAAGUGGUUGACAAGACUGAGAUUUGGAAAGCAGUGCUCGUCUCUGUGCAUAAAGUCAACGAUACAGGAAAGCUGGGCAAGGCACGACCUGACUUGUUCUCUGAGCGCGUGCAGAGACAUUUGGCUAGCAACACACCUCCAACACCCAUGAUCAAGACGAGUUGGGAAGAGGCGUAUCCUCGCUUCAAACGGAUGGCCGAAGACAACAUCGAAGCUCAUCGUUUCGCAAGCAUCGAGGACCCGAGCCCUUUGAACGUGACUCCCUCGACCUAUUCACGAGCAAUCCUCCAAGGCCUACUCUUCAAAGGCCAGAAACUGCUCACCAAAACUCCCCACCUGUCUCUUCUCCUCGAAGACAUCCGCAGUCUCUCCAUGUCAGGCGACCCACUCCUCAACCCCUCAAACUGGGAAGUCGAGUUGCCUACGGAUGCACGCUACCUGUCUUCUCGCAUCAUCGACGAAUUCAUGGCAAAAGCUUUGGACGAAUACAUCAACAUCCCACGCAUGAUACUCCAAAACCGGUGUCGCAUGAGACGCACCUUUNGUCAGAGCGUGGGUGUAUUGGAUGGUCUGCAAGCAGAAGCCGAACACGCAGAUGCAGAAUUGCAUGCUUUAUUCCCUGUCCCUGCUUCCAGCAUCGAAAGGUUUUAUCCCCUAGCUGCUUGGACUUAUUUCCACAAACUGAGGAUAAUGGAGUGGAGUUGCCAGUUGGGGUUGNAACUUGAUGUGUAUCAAGAUGCGGAGGUUGCUUAUUUGUACCGCUUUUUGAGCUUUGUGGCUGCGACGAGGGCGGAGCAUUUGCAACACAUCGACUUGUUCUUGCAUCUCCGACAGAGAAAGUUCAAGAAACAGGGACAUAUGGUUAUGGCAGACCAAGUCUCUGCCUCUCAAGCGUCUAUCGCGUUUCACAUCGCCCACGCAACGCUAACCGCCGAACUCGCUUCUGGAUUGUCUUCAGUGUAUGCGGUUCUACACAGCUUACACCUGCUAAACCACCUCAACGAAACCCAAGUCUACUCCACCGAAACCCGCAGACACGAAUUACGCAUGAAACCUNUUUUGCCAAUCGGAACACCCACCCUGCCUUCUGCAGACGAAAUGUCCGCCGCCACACACCUAACUCCUGCCUCCUCCUUCGCUGCCGUGUUUGCAACCAUAUCUUCCCGUCUCGCUUCUGCCAAAACAGCUUUGUCGGCUUGGAAAGCUGUUCCUGCUGAUAUUGGCGGUUACAAAGGUUGCGAAAAGGCUUUUAAGGCAGAGGUCCAAGGGGUGUUGGGUAGUAUCGUUGCUACAGGGAUCACAGUGGCAACACUCAAAAAAAGUGNNGUGGAGGAGUGUGGGAUCAAGACGGUAGCUGAUGUACAAGGAGGCAAAGAAGAGGAAGUGAAGAAGGAACUAAAAGUGGAGGUCGUGGGUGAGAAGAGGUUUUCGAGCUUUUGGGCUGUUCCAAAGGUGGUUGGUGUUUAA